UGUUGUUAUUGGUACGUAGGUAAGAGCAACUUUGAAGCUACAAAGCACAAAUUGUCGCCUAAGCAUGAAACUCCAUUCUCCGUAGUGUGAUAGCGUGAACAGAGCGAUUAAGUUGGCUUUCUACUCGUAACCACCUUAAAAAAGUGAAGAAGCGUUUACACACGCCUCCAUGUCAAGCAAAACGCUGACCAAAAGGCGCAGCAAAGCAGGUGGUCGCAACGGUGAAGGGCGGCUGGCGCUGGAAGCGUUCUUUAUACGACUACGGUGCCGGCCAUCAAAAAAACGAAACUCCGCUGUUCGCGGUCGUGAUCUGCCGAAUGUGAGUAGAGCAGCGGUCAAGAAACGUUGGCCUGUCAUGAAACGACAGCGUGCAGCGUUGAGCGCUGCGGACUUGAUCUUUUCCUCUACGCCUAUCGUUCCAGUGGUGCUAUGGCGACCUUCAUCCUCGAUUUCCUUCGGGCAUGGCUCAAAGAUUUAUUAGAGCCAUACCCACCGCCCUCCCUGAUCAACAUGCGCCGAGGUCUUCCAGGACACCCUGACAAUCCUCUGAUGGUGAGCUCUCGAC